AGUGAAACCGGUGGUUGAGUGGAUGACAGAGCUAAGGGCGACUGAACAGGGGACACUGGAGACUGAACUAGUGGCAGCUGAGCUGCAGAAGACUGAACUGGGGACUGCAGUGACGGUUGUGGUGACAGGGACACGGGAGACUGAGCUAGUGGUGACUGAGUUGGGGGCAGCUGGGCAGCUAAACGAGCUUCUGGCUGGGCAGCUAACUCAAAAAACAUGGCCCCGGAAUAAACAGUCGCUAAGUUGGAAAACUCGUGAUUAUUCUCUCUUUCACUCACCACAGCCAGCAACUCAGAAGUCUCGGGAUCCGGCUGUGGUGAUGGGCGUCUGCAGCGUGAUCGCCGCUUCCUUUUUGAUGAUGGCUCCGAUGGACCGGGCAGCUCCACUUCUGGCCAGUCGGGCAGGCCCUUCACAACACCAUGGGCCCGCUCUUCAGGAAUUUGUAGAGUGGUGUGACAGCUCCAAACUUGGAUUGAACGUGAGCAAAACCAAAGAGAUGGUGGUGACCUUCUCCAGUAGGCAGAGGGAUCUGGCUGCUUCAGUCACCAGCACCAUCCACGGGAAGCCAGUGGAGGUAGUUGAGGAGUACAAAUACCUGGGAACCAUCUUUGACAACCUCCUGAAAUUCUCUGCCAACACAGAGGAGAUUCUCAGGAGGUGCCACCAACGGCUAUACCUCCUUGGGAAACUCAACUUCUUUGGAGUCAGCACACCCAUCAUGAUGACUUUUUACUAUGCCUUCCUGGAAAGCAUCAUGACCUUCUCCAUCACCUGCUGGUUCCACUCCCUCAGCCUUCAGAACAGGAACAGACUGCAGCACACUGCAUCAGUGUGCUCUAAAAUCAUUGGACUGCCUGUUAGAACUCUGGCACAGGCUUUCAGCCAACAGGCCCUUAGACAGGCAGCCAAAAUCAUCAGUGACCCCUCUCACAUUCUUCACCCCACAUUUCAAUGACUUCCCUCUGGGCGACGCCUCCGCUGCAUUUCCUGCAGGACUGAGAGGAGGAGAGCCACCUUUGUCUCCAAAGCCACUCUGCUUUUUAACUCCAGCCGAUAAGACCAUUUCCCACACCAGAAAUAUAAACUACUCUAAACUCUUUUUAUACUGCCAACACUUUACUCACUUUUAGUCACUUACAGUUAUUUAUUCACCUUUCAGUUACUUUAAUUUUAAAACUGUGUAUAUACUGUAUAUUCUGUGUGUUUAUUAUCUCACUUGUGUUUAUUAUCUCACUAUUACUGCCCUGUCCUUAUCUUCAACGCCUCUUGGGGAUAAAUAAAGUCUUUCUGAUUCUGAUUCUAAACUUACUAAGUGUGUUUGACAGUAAAGUGAAUGUAAAUGUGAGACACUGUGUGCUCACAGCUAAAGGCUGCAGUCAGCUGUGUUAGAGCGUCUUUCACACAAUCAUCCUUUAAUAAACACUCAGAGCUCCAUUUUGAUGAAGCUGUCAUGUGUGAGCUUGUGUGCUGACAUGUUGACAGAGUGACCUCAGAGCUUCUAUUGAGCCAUAAUGGCUCUUUUAAACUGUUGGACACUUCACAGAUUUUUGAAUAGCACAACAAACUGUAACUUUGAAUGGGUACAACAUGAUUCAAGAGUGUAAACUAAGAUUUAUGAUGUGUAUUUUAUGAUGGUAUUGUAGUAUUGGGGUAUUAGACGUAAUUCUUAAACUUACAUAUUUUUCAGUGGA